GUAAGCUGGCUAAAAGCUGUGUUGAGUUUUGUGUUAAAAUGUAACUAUUUUAUUUAUAUGCAACUACCUCCAUAAAUCAUUCAAUAAAUGCGGCAAUGUAGAAGCUCUACAUAUUUUAUAAGAUAUACUUAUAUAUACAUACAUUCAUAGACGUUAACUGUAAAGAGGAAAAACACAUUGCAUCUGGCUUAGCUGAAGUAAUUAUGGAUACAUGAACUAAAGUUCUGCACUGACUGGAAAGUAACGGGAACGGCGAGUGGGCAGGAACCGAAAGUCAAACAUGUCAACGAACCCCAACCAACACCAACACCAACACCAACACCAACAGCACCAGCAACAGCAACAACAUGCUGCUGCAGCAACAACCGCAGCCAUAUGCAAUCGGGAGCGGGAGAGAGCGAGAGCUGGAAGCAGCUCGCAACGCAACUUACUCGAGUUUCUGUGCAUUUGUGUGACCUGUGUGGUCUGCUAUUACAAUAGCACGCAGUGCGGUCUGGUGUUUGACGAUAUCAGCGCGAUUAGGGACAACAAGGAUUUGCGGCCUAGCACGCCGCUGCGUAAUGUGUUCCUUAACGAUUUCUGGGGCACGCCGAUGCGCAAAGAGCAGUCGCACAAGUCAUACAGGCCGCUAACCGUGCUGACGUUUCGCUUUAACUACUUGCUGCAUGCAUUGGAGCCAUUCGGCUAUCAUCUCGUCAACCUGCUGCUGCACAUUGCAGUCUGCCUGCUGUGGCGUCGUGUCUGCCGCCUCGUUCUGCGUCAGUGUGCAACUGGCAGUAAUGAAGCGUCGUCCACCUCCCUGUCCGCGUCCCCACUGAACACAUGCGCUUUUGUCGCCUCGCUCCUAUUCGCAACGCACCCGGUGCACACCGAGGCCGUUACUGGCGUCGUAGGCCGCGCUGAAUUGCUCUCUUCAAUAUGCUACCUGGGCGCGUUUCUCAGCUAUGCGCACGCAACGAAUGGCUCGCCGCGACGCACGAACUGGCCGGCGCUUUGCCUAGGCUUUGGCAGUUGUCUCCUGGCCUCCAUGCUGUGCAAAGAGCAGGGCAUCACCGUUGCUGGCAUUUGUGCCGUUUACGAGCUGUUCGUGGUGCAGCAGCAAAGGCCACUGCAUCUGUGGCAUUUCGUGCUGCGUAUCUUUGAGGAGCAACCGCCGGCCAAAACGGGACAAGCAAACGCCAGACGCUGGUCGUCGACAUUGUGGAAGCGUUUAGCUUUUCUGGUCAUUAUCACUGUCGCUUUGCUGGUUGGACGUGUCUACGUGAUGGGCUCUCAGUUGCCCAUUUUCACUCGCUUCGAUAAUCCGGCUUCGGCAGCUGAGACGCCCGUGCGCCAACUGACCUAUGGCUACCUCAUCUACCUAAACUGUUGGCUGUUGCUGUGCCCAUCACUACUCUGCUGCGACUGGACAAUGGGUACCGUGCCCCUGCUGGAUGGCUUCAAUGAUUCACGUAACUUGGCUACCUUGUGCACAUUUGUUGGCUUGGGCGCUUUGGUGGCGAAAGCUUGCUUCUCACGCAAUCUGUCGCAGUCACGUACGCUGCUCAUGUGCCUAGGCUGGAUGGUGCUGCCGUUUCUGCCCGCUUCGAAUCUGUUCUUUCCGGUCGGCUUUGUGGUAGCCGAGCGUAUUCUGUACAUGCCAUCAAUGGGAUACUGUCUACUUGUUGCUUAUGGCUAUCAUCAAUUCCAGCGACGUUGGCACGCCAAUUGGGGUCGUCUGGCACAGACGGCGCUUGUUGCCUUGCUGCUGGCGCAUGGAUUGAAGACACAGCAACGCAACUGGGACUGGCGAACGGAGUACUCAUUGUUUAUGUCCGGGGUGCACGUGAAUCAACGCAAUGCCAAACUGUACAAUAACGUGGGUCACGCGCUGGAGAACGAGGGUCGGUACGACGAGGCUUUGCUCUACUUUCAGCAAGCUGUGCAAAUACAAGCAGAUGACAUUGGCGCCCACAUCAACGUCGGCCGCACCUACAACAACCUGAAGCGCUAUGCCGAGGCCGAGCAGGCGUAUAUGCGAGCCAAGGCGCUCUUUCCACAGGCUAAGGCUGGCAUUAGCUAUCAUGCACGAAUUGCGCCCAAUCAUCUAAAUGUUUUCAUCAAUCUUGCCAAUCUGAUAUCGAAAAAUCAAACCAGACUGGAGGAGGCCGAUCACCUUUACCGUCAGGCAAUUAGCAUGCGCAGUGAUUACGUUCAGGCCUAUAUAAAUCGUGGCGACAUACUCAUGAAGCUCAAUCGUACAGCUCAAGCGCAGGAGGUUUAUGAACAGGCACUUCUUUAUGACAGCGAAAAUGCGGAUAUAUAUUACAAUUUGGGCGUUGUCUUUCUGGAACAGGGCAAGAGUCAGCAGGCCCAUGUAUACUUCAAUAAGGCCAUCGAACUGUAUCCGGAACACGAGCAAGCACUGCUAAAUUCCGCUAUUCUCCUGCAAGAACUGGGCGGCGAGGAGGCGCGUCAGUUGUCGCGCACCCGCCUCUACCAGGUGCUGGCUAGAGAUGCGAACAAUGAAAAGGUCUACUUCAAUCUCGGCAUGUUGGCCAUGGAUGAGUCCAGCUUUGACGAAGCCGAGCAAUUCUUCAAGCGGGCCAUACACCUAAAAUCGGAUUUUCGUAGCGCUCUUUUUAAUCUCGCACUGCUGCUGGCGGACUCGAAGCGACCGCUAGACGCCGUACCAUUCCUCAAUCAAUUGAUACGCCAUCAUCCCACGCAUGUGAAGGGUCUCAUCUUGCUUGGCGAUAUCUACAUCAAUCACAUGAAGGAUCUGGAUGCGGCAGAGAAGUGCUAUCGCAGCAUACUGCAGCACGAUCCGCACAAUACGCAGGGCCUGCACAAUCUCUGUGUGGUUUUCGUGGAGCGCAAGUGGAUGGCCAAGGCAGCCGCCUGCCUGCAGUACGCUCAGCGCCUGGCGCCCAGUGAGGAUUACAUUGGCCGUCAUCUACAGAUUGUAAUCACACGUCUGCAAAAAAUUAACAAGUUACCUGAUACGUCGCCCGAGCGACAGCUAGCUUACAAGGCCUACGACCCAGACGAGUUCAAGGUGGCUGAUGAGCGAGAGGUGCACAAAACUCGCACUCGCUCAUAGCGCUUCUAGGUAUCAUACAUUAGAUCAUUCCAGCAUUUUGUUUAAUUGAUGUAAAACUGUACAUUCCAUAGGGAACCUAUUUGAAUCUCGUUUGAAUGCUGAUAUAAACGUGAACAAUUUUUUAUAACCAAGUACGUAAUCGAAACCUGAUCUUGUUUUGUAUAUAGCACCAAAUUGUUUCUAAUCAAAAGACGUACUACCGAAAUAAUGCAUUUAUUAUACACAAAUGAAAUUGUACUUAAUGGACACUAAAUAAAAUUAA